AAAACCAGUUCCAUCGCGAGAGAGAGAGAGAGAGAGAGAGAGGAUGGCGGAUCGUCAUUCGACCACCCAGGGAUCCCAGCAGAGAGCCACCAGGACCGGCGGUGAUGGUCCAGUGACUGGUGGUGGUGGUGGCGGUGGAGGUGGAGGUGGUGUGUCAGCCAUGCUGAGCAAGCUCCAAGGCCAGGCCCCUAAUUCCACCCAAUUCAUUAGCUUCCUCGCCUUGGUGAUAUCGGGAGGCAUCCUCCUGCUCCUGACGGGCCUGACCUUAACGGCCACCGUCUUGGCCUUGAUCGUCUUCACGCCUCUCCUGCUGCUGACCAGCCCGAUCUGGGUGCCUGCUGGGACCCUUUUCCUCUUCGCCAUGGCCGGGUUCCUGGCAGUCUGCGGGUUCGGUGUGGCCGCCUUGGGCGGAGGGACUUGGAUGUACAAAUACUUCAGGGGCCGCCACCCGCCGGGGUCUGAUCGCGUUGAUUACGCGCGCAGCCGGAUCGCCGACACGGCCAGCCAUUUUAGGGACUACGCCAGGGAGUAUGGAGGGUACAUUCAGAGCAGGGUCAAGGAUGCAGCUCCUGGUGCGUGAUACCCUUCAGGCCCAUCGCGUCGUAGGUCAGUAAGCAAGUCAUAUCAUGGGAAUAUGAAAAUUUGGAAACUUGGACGUGUUUCGAUCUGUAUUGAAAGAAUAUGCGCGGUUUGUUUGUUGAUUUUGCUUUGUGUUUUCUCGGUCAGGUGAAGUAUGGUUUUCAUGGGAAACAGAAAAGCUAAAUUUUCAAUCGAUCUGUUUUCUUUUCUUCC